AAUCGGCUGUCGGGUGGUAAAAAGCAAAGUUGUCACAUGGCAAUGUUUACCCUGCGAAUUCAGCUUGAUCUGCUUGAUUCGGCCCGAAAAUGGAGACUUCUGUUCGGAUGACGGUUUGCGACUUUUACCUGUCGCCGCCGAAGGCUGGAUUCGACCCGUUGUUCAGUGAAUUCACAGGAAACGCCAUCUCGCAGGUGCCUGUUAUGAGAGUUUUCGGCUGCAGUAAUACAGGAGUGAAGGCAUGUCUGCAUAUCCAUGGAGUGUUCCCGUACCUGUACGUUCCGUUUGAAGGCAGCGACAACCCUCAACAACUGCAAUAUUUGCUUGCAAAUGCGCUGGACAAAGCGUUAAACAUUUCUCUAGGACAGGCAAAUUCAGCCAUAAGGCACAUUUUCAAGAUUGUUCUUGUAUCUGGAUUGCCGUACUAUGGCUACCAUGAGAGGGAGCACCAGUUUUUAAAAAUCUAUUUGUGCAACCCAAACUUGGUCAAGACAGUGGCGGAUUUGCUGCAGAACGGCACAAUCCUGGGCAGAACUUUCCAGCCUCACGAGGCCCACUUAUCUUUCACACUCCAAUUCAUGAUUGAUUACAAUUUGCAAGGCAUGGACUUGGUGAAUUGUGCCAAAGUCUACCCAAGGAGAGACCCUGAAGCUGUAGUUGACAGAGACCAAUUUCUUCAACUUGCAAAGGUUAGCUCGUGUGAGUUUGAGGCUGAUGUCCUGGCUGAAGACAUUAUGAACAGGCUCAACAACUGCUCAAGUCAAGGUGUUGUGAAUCCUGGACUGACUGCCCUGUGGGAAGAUGAGCACGAAAGGCGAAGGAUACAAGGGAGGGAAACACAACCAACUCCUCUAGCAACACAAAAGCGGAAACCUGCUGGGCCGAGUACUAGUGAGGAAUUUCACAGAUGCAGAUUAUUUGAGAAACUGGCUACUGUGGGAGAGGAUAGCAUAUCCAGCACUCAAAGUUCUGUUCACUACCCAGUUGAAGCACCUGAAGGUCUGAUGAAUGCGUCUUAUGUUGAGCACCACGGCAGCAGACAGAAUACAUCAGCAACAACAAAUGAAAGCAAUAAUUCUUCUCUGGAUCUAGAUGCAAGCCUAAAUCUCAUGGACACACAAGAUGAGGAACUUCUAUUUAUUUUUGAAGCUUUAGCUAAUUCUCAGAUAGGGGAAGAUGUAUGUGCAAACGAGGAACAAAAUGUUCAAGGAGACCAAGCAGGCUUUGAUGGUGAUAAUGAUGGUGAUGAAGACGUGCAAGAAUCCUUGGAGAUGUCUCAACCGUUGAAUUCUACGUUGAUUGCUGUCAGUUCCGAGGAAAGUGAUACUGAUGGAGGCUCUAUUGAUAUUGAUAUUUUUGAGGAGUAUGAGGGAGCAAAACUGCCCCAGCAGGAUGGUGCUGAUGACGAUGGAAAAAUGAAGACUGCUCCAAAAAGAAAGAGACUAGGAACUCGCAGAACAGUGCCAAAAAGUACAUCAACUGUUACUAACAUUGGAAGUGAUACCCUGCUACUAGAGAAAGUCGGAAUCACUCCUCAGAUACCUAAAAAUGCUUUAGGGCCAACAGAAGCAGAGGAAUUAGCAAUUCCUGAAGUCCAAAUUGCUAUGGAGAAAUUAGAAGAAAGAGAAAAAUCUGCCACCUCAAGUGAUUCAGUCCAAACUCAGGAAUCGUCAGGAUUAAUGAUAUCAGUAACAAAGAAGCAGCUUGGUACUGCAGGAAACCGCAACCGUACUACUUUUAGUGUCACUUUUCCUGAAGAUGCUAUCAUAAACACCGAAACCAUUGAGAUUGGUGGAAGAAGUGGCAAAUUGAGCUUAAGCUUUGAAAUGAGUGAGGAAAGUGACACCAGAGACCACUUGCACCAAAGCGAAUUAGAUGAAGCGGAGCCAGAAGAAAUAAAAUUGAAGCCAUGUUUCGUCAAGUUGGAAAGGCUCAAUGCUUCAUUACUGGCAGAGGCACAAGAAGUGAAAGAAGAGUGUACAGUCAGAGACACAAAAUCUCAAGAAGAUCAACCACAAGACGAAAAAUACACUUCUGAGGAGAAAAGGGAUGUGAAAAUGGAGGAUAUUGAUGUCAAUGUAAAGAGUGACAAUGAAGAACUUUACUUUUCCUGCGGAUCAUCCACAUCUUCGCAGCAAACGCCUAACAAGCGGAAACACAAACUUCUGUCUCUUAGUCCGAAUCUUAGUAAAGAGGAUCAACGUUUGAAGAGGCAACGUCGUAAGGAGUUUCGGUCUCAGUUGAGAGACAAGUCCGUGAGUGAUUUAAGUUUGCUGAUGCAGUCCUCCCAGUCAAAAAACUCCAGAGGCCCUGAAAAAAAAGGGCCAGACAAGCCAUCCACUUCGAGCUUCAUAAAUGAAUCUGAAGAUUUUUCAGCUAUGAAGAGCUUUUACAACCUUACAGUGCCUCCUGCUUCUAUACUCAUUGAACCUAAAGAACCACCUCCUAAAACAUUAGAACUUGCAGAGUAUGGUCUUCAAGCCAUUAAAUUCCAACCUCCGUUUUUUAGUGAACCUCGAGACGGAAACUUGCCUCUCUCCACAGCUCCGUGUCACUUGCCCCCAUUCAACAGCGGCUGGUAUGAGCCACAAAUUCAAGGAUUGCAAAGCAAUACAAAGAACUUGAAGAGGACUGUCCUUAUUGAACCAUUACUUCCCCCACCAAAGGCUAUAGAUUUAAUAUCGACUGCGACAGUAGAAAGAGAGGAGCCUAAGGUGCCUGAGAUGCAGAACCUACAGCAAGCAAGAGCUGUGGUCCACGACAAUCACCUAAAAGUCAUGCACUUGGAGAUUCUGGCUGCCAGCAGAGGAAAAUUAAAAGCAGAUCCGGAGUUUGAUCCUAUUUGUGCUUUGUACGUCCUCAUCCAUGGAGACAGAGGCCCUUUUAGCUCCAUGGGCCUGAUUGCCAUUAAGUCUGAAACUUGCCCACCUGAGUGCCUUUUGUCUCCUGAAUUUCAAAAGCAGUGUGGUAUUUUGGAAGUUGUGCCUAGUGAAGAGGAAGCCUUUUCUAGACUGGUAAAGCUUGUGCUGUCUGAGAAUCCUGAUAUACUCAUGGGAUACGAGAUUGAGAUGGAUUCUUGGGGAUACUUGGUUCAAAGAGCAGCAAGGUUGGGACUUAAUCUUCCCAACAUCAUUUCAAGAGUCCCAAAGACCAAGACUAACGAAGUUCGUCAAAUGGACAUGUCCCAAGGGGCCAUAGUUGAGUAUUCUGAUCUCAAAAUUCCUGGGCGAAUUGUGCUCAACUUGUGGAGGAUUAUGAGGAAUGAGAUUGCCUUGCAAAACUACUCACUUGAAAGUGUGACUUAUCACUUGCUCAAGCAGCGCAUUCCCCAGCAUCCUGCUUCUUUGCUCCUCUCAUGGUGGUCUGAGGUCAGACGUUGCUUCCUAGUUUCGAACCACCUGCUCACCCGUUUGCUAGCCAGUCACCGUCUUCUCGACAACCUCGACUUCCUAGGGCGCACUUCUGAACUGGCCAAGCUCUUUGGAAUCCAGUUUUCUGAAGUUCUGUCACGAGGAUCGCAGUUUCGAGUGGAGUCAAUGAUGCUCAGACUGGCUAAACCAAGAAAUUUUGUAGCUGUUUCUCCCAGUAUUACACAAAAAGCCAUGAUGAAAGCGCCAGAAUGCAUUCCUCUGGUGAUGGAACCUCAGUCUGUGUUUUAUGAAGACCCUGUUGCUGUACUUGAUUUUCAAUCAUUGUACCCGUCCGUCAUCAUAGCUCACAACCUCUGCUUUUCAACCUGCCUUGGAAGAGUAGAACAUAUUGGCAAAGAGGAUCCUUUUGAGUUUGGCUGCACAAUUUUGAAAGUUGAUCCUAGGAAAGUUCAAAAGCUGCAGCCCUUUGUCAGUCCAAAUGGAGUGGCGUUUGUGUCCAGGGAUGUUCGGCAAGGAGUUUUACCAGCAAUGCUGAAUGAAAUAUUGGAAACCCGUUUGAUGGUGAAACAAGCGCUGAAAUUCAACAAAAAGGACGAGGUCCUUGCCAAAGUCUUGCAUGCCCGACAAUUGGGCCUCAAACUUAUUGCCAACGUCACAUACGGCUACACGGCUGCUAACUUUUCUGGCAGAAUGCCUUGCAUUGAGGUUGGAGACUCUGUGGUUUCAAAGGGUCGAGAGAUCCUGGAGCGUGCAAUCCGCAUGGUCAACCCUAAUCAACACAUUUGGGGAGGAGAAGUUGUUUACGGAGACACAGAUUCUAUGUUCGUUCUAUUUAGAGGAAAAACCAGAGAAGAAGCUUUCGACAUAGCAGAGCAAAUCGCUGAAACUGUCACUGCAGACAACCCGAGCCCAAUCAAACUGAAAAUGGAGAAAGUCUACCAGCCAUGCAUUUUACAAACCAAAAAGCGGUACGUUGGUUUCAUGUAUGAGACCAAGAACCAGGAAGAGCCUGUGUAUGAAGCAAAAGGCAUUGAAACUGUACGCAGAGAUGGAUGCCCGGCGGUGUCAAAACUUUUGAAACAGUGUCUUCACAUUCUGUUUACUACAAAAGACCUGAGCCAAGUGAAAAGCCACGCCAUAAACUACUUUCAACGCGUUUUGCUUGGCACCGUUUCCAUGCAGGACUUCAUCUUUGCCAAAGAAUUCCGUGGCUUUGCAGGAUACCGUCCUGGUGCUUGUGUUCCUGCCCUAGAACUUGCCCGUCAAUGGGUCCGAACAGACCGGCGGGCUGAGCCAAGACGAAACGAGCGAGUGCCUUAUGUGAUUGUGUCGGGUGCACCUGGUCUGCCACUGAUCCGCCUUGUCCGCAGCCCAUACCAGCUGCUGGAAGACCCAGCCCUCAGACUGAAUGCAGAUUACUACCUCACUAGAGCCCUAGUGCCCCCCUUGGCUCGGUGCUUCAAUCUUCUUGGCGUCGAUGUUGCCUCCUGGUUGGCAGAAAUGCCCAGACGCACCGUGGUUGGCCCCACAGGCAAAGGCUCAAUUGCUCACUUCUUUGGCAGCAGCGAGUGCCCACUUUGCAGAAGCCAAACUAGAAAAGGACUCUGCAAAGAGUGCAAGAAGAAGCCUCAGAGAGCUGCCAUUCAACUGGGAGAGAUAAUCCGGGUGAGAGAAAGAGCAAGACAGGCUGCAGACACCCUUUGCAGCUCAUGUUGUGGUCGUCAGUUUGAUUUGGAUUGUGGCAGUCUUGCUUGUCCUGUUAUGUACUACAGGCGAAGGGUAAUGCUAGAUGUUGGCAUUGAAUCCCUCAGGCAGAGCAUCCGUGAUUUGAGUUUUUAGAAGAUUGUCCCAUACCACCCAUUUUUAUUUUGAUAAAGAGAAAUGGAAAUCUGUUUUGAUUUUUUUGUAUGUAAUGUUCCUAUAUCCUGAAUAGGCACAAUUGUAUUCUGAUACAAAACAGAUGAAUCAUUCCAAAACUAUUAUUUUAUAUAAUAUGCAGUUGCCCUUCUAAAAGGCUAAAUGAUCAAGAUUAUAGGUAUGCACAAAUGGAAAGUACAAUAAAACAAAGAAUUUAUGUUCUUGUGUUC